ACCAAAAACUCUCUCUCUCCUCUCUCUCGCAAAAAAGUCUUUGGCCAUUGGAGCUUCUCUCUCCUACUAUCCACUUUAUCUCUCCACUUUCUCUCAUACUUUUUCUAUUCUCUCUCUCUAGAAAACUGGUGAAAAGCUGCAUUAUUCUCUAAUGGCAGUGAAUGCUCAAACUUGAAUUUCGUUUAAUUUUCUAUUCUUCCUCUGAACAAGCUCCGAUAAACCCUUAGAUCGCCGCUCUUCUCUGUUCUCUUACUUCAAAUCUGAAUCUUUCGUCGGUCAAUUCUCUCUCUCUUUCUAAUCACACUCCUCCAUUUUCAGGAACGAUUGAGCAUACAAUUUCUCUCCUUUUUGGUUCAUCCAUGUCGUCGGAUAUAAGCUAGAUUUCAUCUCAAAAGUCUCGUCGGAAGCCGUUGAAAGAUUUUUCUUUUUUCCCUUUCGGAUCUCCAAUUGAAGUUUCCUCGCGAGUUUCAUGGCUAAUUGCAGAGAAUGUACCGGAGCCUACUGCGCUGGAAUAUCGGAGUGUAAAGCUGAAACUUCUAGGUUUUGAAGGCUUGUCGAGAGAACUCCGGUUUUCUUGGGGGUGGGGGAUUCGAGUUUAGUUUAUCGGGUGAGGGAUGGGCACGGAUAGUCUGCUACUACCGACGGUGGAACCGCCAAUAAAGCCGCGAGCAGGGUUACGGAGAAAGCAGGCGGGUAGAGGAUCAUAUAGGGGAAGUUAGGGCCCGGAUUUUCUCGGAAAAUUGAGGUGGGGAUCUUUUUCAACUCGGAGAUUUUACGUUGGAAAGAAACCCGGUUUGGGUGUUGUCUAGUGCGUUUUAGAAAGCUUUUGGUGGAGAUGGGUACUGACUUGCAGCAAAUACUAAGAAGCCUCUGUUUCAAUACAGAGUGGAAGUACGCCGUCUUUUGGAAGCUCAAGCAUCGUGCUCGAAUGGUGUUGACUUGGGAAGACGCUUACUAUGACAAGAGUGAGCAACAUGAUCCUGCAGAGAAUAAGUGCUUUAGUAAGAAACUGGAAAAGUCGCAUGAUGGACUUUAUUCACAUGAUCCCCUUGGAUUAGCCGUAGCUAAGUUGUCGUAUCAUGUAUAUUCUCUAGGGGAAGGGAUCGUUGGACAAGUGGCAGUGAGUGGAAAGCAUCAGUGGAUCUUUGCUGAUAAGCAUAAACUAAGUACCUAUUCGUCAUUUGAGCACUACUCUGACGGGUGGCAAAAUCAAUUUUCUGCUGGGAUCAAGACUAUUGCUGUUGUAGCUGUUGUUCCACAUGGAGUUGUUCAGCUUGGUUCUUUUAAUGAAGUCCUUGAAGAUAUGGAGCUGGUUAAUCAUAUUAGAGAUGUCUUUAUGUCUCUUCAAGAUUCUUUAGUGGGACACGUUCCUGUUCCAAUACAAUCUAGUGUGAAUAGUUCAGUAAAUUUGCAAGACAUACCUUCAAAAAGUUUCACUUCAGAGACUGUUCCUGAUUGCUUGCACAAUUUAGACAAAACCUUAAACGGAGAAGGGCCAGAUAUUUGGUUUUCCAUUUUUCCAUAUGUAGGGAAAGACGGUGAUAGUCCUUACGUUUUAUCACUGCCUAAUAAUUAUCAAGAAAAGGCAGUUGAUGUUGUCAAUAAGCAUGGAGGACUUGAGUUUUCCACAAAUGGGACUGAUGAAAGUGCCAAGUUACUUCAAUCGAGAACAAACAUCCUUGAGCAUGAAAAUCACAAAGUGAUAGGAAUGAACCUGCGUGAUAACUGGAAGUGUGCAGGAGAGAUCGACAGUUGCAAAGAUGCUGCAGUGGGUCCAGUCAACAAUGGUAAUCCAUUCCUGUGCGGUUCUGUUAUGGGUGAUGUUAAUUUACCUAGCAUUGUACUUCCAGCUGAAAAGGUUGAAGUUGAUUCUGCGCACUUCUCUUCAGGCCUUGUUGGCUCUGCUGUUUGUGACAGAGUUAGGUUGGACAGUGUAGACUAUUACCAAAAUGGAGUGUUGCACGUAAGUGGACCCUCUAAUACUAAGUUUCAGAAAGAUCCGGAUAAUCUGGAGUUUCAAACUGAGUUAAGCCACAUUGACACAUCUAGCACAUCUUUGAAGUUCCCUGCUGGCUAUGAGCUCCAUGAAGCACUUGGACCAGCUUUUCUGAAAAAUAGCAAGUAUUUUGAUUGGGAGGCAACGGAAACUGAAGGAACAGCUCUAGAGAUGCCUGAGCAAAUGAGCAGUAGGCAGUUGGCUGCUGACUCCCAUCCCGAACAUCUUCUAGAAGCAGUAAUUGCUAAUGUUUGCCAAAGUCAUAGUGAUGUUAAGAGUGAAAAAUCGUUUUGUAAAUCAGUGCAGUCUCUGUUGUCAACUGAAAAAUAUCCUAAGCCUUCAAGCCAUACAACUUUAAUUACUGAUUCAUCAAAUCAUUCAAUUGGUCAACCCUCGGUUAAAGGAGAGGACAAACAGCAUUGCUUGAGCUCAUCAGGUAUUUGUGGCGUGAUGUCCCCGAAAGGGUUUUCAUCAACUUGUCCAAGUGCUAGUAGUGAGCAGCUUGAGAGGUCUUCGGUACACAACAAGAACAAUAAAAAGAGGGCCAGACCUGGUGAAAAUUGCAGACCUAGGCCAAGGGACAGACAACUGAUACAAGAUCGUAUUAAGGAACUAAGGGAGCUAAUACCUAAUGGAGCAAAGUGCAGUAUUGAUUCGCUAUUGGAGCGCACGAUCAAGCACAUGCUAUAUCUGCAAAGUAUAGCUAAGCAUGCUGACAAGCUAAACAAAUAUGCUGAUACAAAGUUGUGUCACAAGGAAACAAGCAUGCUAGAAUCCUCAACCUAUGAACGGGGUUCAAGUUGGGCAGUGGAGGUGGGAGGCAAUCUGAAAGUUUGUUCAAUCGUAGUGGAGAAUCUGAACAAGAGUGGGCAGAUGGUUGUAGAGAUGAUGUGUGAGGAAUGCAGCCAUUUUCUUGAGAUAGCCGAAGCUAUCAAAAGCUUGGGUCUUACAAUCUUAAAAGGAGUAACAGAAGCCCAUGGUGAGAAGACAUGGAUAUGUUUUGUGGUUGAGGGACAGAGCAACAGAAGCUUGCACAGAAUGGAUAUCCUGUGGUCCCUUGUUCAAAUAUUGCAGCCUAAAAAUGCCAUCUAACGGCAACAGUUGGUUUUCCUCCCGGAGAUUGUCAUGCGGCCUUUUCUUUUCCGCCUCUAUUUGUGUGCUGUGUAAAAUCAUUGUGGAUUUGUUUACAUUUUUCUUUAGUUUGAAGAUGCCUUUUAUCUAUUUCUUCUGCCUCUUGCUUUCUCCUUGAAAUGUGACAAUCGUUUGUGUGCGAGUUUGAAAUUGCAGUGUCAAAGUUGUAACGAAUAUCUCAUUAUGUUCGUGCUGCCAGCCCCCGAAGGUUUUUGACGCUUUGUUAUGUAGAUUAAAGUUCUGGUGUGGCUGGCUUUAUGUAGUGUUGGGUUUUGUUAGAUAUGAAUGAGAGAAUUACUAGACAUUUUCAAAGAAAAA